AUGGCGACUGCCAUGCCCGCGCGCAGCGCGGCCUACGGGCGACGACCCGUGACCACCGGAAGCCGAGCCUCCAGCUCCAGCUCCCGCUUUUCAUCGUCAAGCAUCCCUUCCAUCAUUGAGGAUUCCGCCACCGGCGCAAAGUACAUUCGCGGUAGCUUCCUUGGCAAGGGUGGCUUUGCCCAAUGCUACAAGCUCACCGAUAGCAUGACCAAGCGUGUCUAUGCCGGCAAGAUCGUGGCCAAAUCCUCCCUCAGCAAGCACCGUGCCAAAGAAAAACUGAAAAGCGAAAUCCAGAUUCACCGCUCGCUCACCCACAAGUACAUUGUCGGCUUCCACAGCUACUUUGAAGAUGAACACAACGUCUAUAUCUUGCUCGAGAUCUGCUCCAACCAGUCAAUGAUGGAGCUGCACAAGCGCCGCCGUGGCAUGUCGGAAAUCGAGGCUCGCUGGUUCCUGCUUCAGAUUGUCGAAGCCACAGCCCACAUGCACGCACGCCGAGUCAUCCACCGUGACCUCAAGCUGGGCAACCUCUUCCUCAACGAAGAGAUGCAGGUCAAGGUCGGCGACUUUGGCCUGGCCACCGCCCUGACCCAUGAUGGCGAACGCAAACGCACGCUCUGCGGUACCCCCAACUACAUUGCCCCCGAGAUUCUCGAGGGCAAGGACUCGGGACACAGCUUUGAGGUGGACAUUUGGUCCAUCGGCUGCAUCCUCUACACCAUGAUCGUGGGCCGCCCUCCCUUUGAAACACGUGACAUCAAGACUACGUACAGCAAAAUUAAGCGCAACGACUACAGCUUUCCUUCUACCCUUCAGAUCAGCCCCGAGGCUGUCGACCUGAUUCGCAUGUUGCUGCACCGUGACCCCAAGUGCCGACCCAACUGCGAGGAGAUUAUGCGCCAUCCCUUCUUGGCAGGCAGCGCGUACAUCCCUCAGCGCAUGCCCAUCAAGGCCCUGCACAUGACUCCAGACUUUGCCGGCAUCCCUGGCCAGGUGCGCCCCGCGGCCACCUACCGCGCCCAGCCCGGCUCGGCUCACACCAACUUGGAGAACCCCGUCACCACCACUUCAGUGGGUGCUAAGAUUCAUGCCGAGAGCCUCGUCCCUAGCGGCCGCGCCCCCCUUGGAUCACUCAACACCAACCGCGAGGAUGCCCGCCAUAUCAGCAAGCCUGCGCCAAAGGUCAUCGACAUGCGCAGCACCGAUCCCCACCCCAAGACCGUUGCACCCACUCAAACACACCGCGUAGCAUCUGUCGCCGCCACUUCGACCACAACUCCCUCGACCACCCCGCGAGCUGCAAACGACAACCUGCAGGCCCUUUACACGCGCCUUUCACAAGUGACGGCCCUGCAAGCUGCCGCCUCGUAUCGCGAGCCCAUGGAGGCCCCUGCCCCCGAGGCCAAGGCCGGCUAUGCCGUGACCAAAUGGAUCGAUUACUCGUACAAGUAUGGCUUGGGCUACCAGCUCUCUGACGACAGUGUUGGCGUCCUCUUCAACGAUAACACAAAGAUGGUGCUCUCCUCCGAUCUCCAUCACGUUGAGUUUACAAAUCGUGAGCGCAAGGGCGGAGCCACGACGGCCAUGACCCUGGAUUCUUUCCCCGAUGACAUGACCAAGAAGAUCGCUCUUCUCAAGUACUUUCGCGAUUACAUGCGUGACAACUUGCAGGACGGUCCCGCGGCACUGGCCAAGGCCUCGGCGCAGACGACGGACAUGCCAUUUGUGAAGAAGUGGCUUCGCACCAAGCAUGCCAUUGUGUUUCGCCUCAACAUUGGCAUUGUCCAAAUCAACUUUUUUGAUCAUACCAAGGUCGUGGUCAACGGUCCACGCGAUACAGUUGCCUUCAUCGACACGGAGGGCGAAACGCGCGUUUACACCCUCGAUGAGAUCAGCCGCAGCAAGCAUGCCAGCAUUGAUGUCCUCGUGGCCCGCCUGUCCUACGCCACCGACGUUAUCAACCACAUGUUGAGCAAGAGCCGGCAAUCCAGCCCCCAGCGCGCAUAG